AUGGGUACACAAGAAGAGAUAACACGAUAUGCUAAUAUCUCACAAAUGGAUGAUGAUGAUUUUCUGGCACCAUUUUUAAAUGGGUCUCAAAAUACUUCAAUGCCCAUCCAAGAGUCUUGUUCGAAAUUUGAAAUUGUCACCUCUAAUCUAACAAAACAUGGUGGCAACUUCAGUGUAGAUGAAGACAACGUCCUCGUCUCUGCAUGGCUCAACAUUAGCAUGGAUGCCGUGCAAGGUACUGACCAAAGGAUUGAAAAUUUUUGGGAGAAAAUUUGGCAAUACUUUUGUGAGGACAAUAAUUACAGAACCACACGUUCUGCUUCCUCCCUCCAAAGUCGAUGGGGAAAUAUUAAUAGGGAGACAAGUAGGUUUACUGGGUUCAUGGCUAAAAUUGAAGCCCGAAAUAAAAUUGGUGGAACUGACAAGGACAAGAACCAACCAAAGUGGAGUAUGCCUAAGGAAAGAUCAAAAGGGCUCCCUCAAACUCUUAGUUCAAUUGAUCAAGUUGGUAGUAAUGAUGAUGACACAAUGGAGGAAUCACAUGAACAAGACAGAGAGGCACUUCGCAUCAAAGCGGAUAGGGUUCGAGUGGAUGUGCAAAGAGCUGAUAUUGAAAAGGAAAGGCUUCGUCUUGAAACUAUUAGGGAGGCGCAAAAAGCUGAUAUUGAAAAGGAAAGACUUCGUCUUGAAACUAUUAGGGAGGAGGGAAGAAUAAUGACCAUGGAUACAAGUGGUCACUCUAGGCUUCGCAAAUUGCUUUUUGACAACUCAGAUGAGAAUGAGAUAAUGAGGCGAGUUCUUAAGGGUUCAACAUCACAACGUAAACGUCGUCGGUAUAUCGAACAUGAUCGUUUGGUAGGCCAUAAAAGACUUUAUCUCAACUACUUCGCCGACACACCAAUAACAGCUGCACUUAGGAUGCUUGUGUAUGGAGUGGCAGCUAAUUUUAUGGAUGAGUAUGUGUGGAUUGGAGAAUCCACUGUAAUAGAAAGUCUGAAAAAAUUUGUUAAAGCGGUGGUUGAUAUUUUCUCCAAGAAAUACUUGAGGUCCCCAAACAACGAAGACAUUUCUAGACUUUUAGUCAAUAGGGAAAGACGUGGAUUUCCAGGGAUGCUAGGGAGCAUUAAUUGCAUGCAUUGGAAAUGGAAAAAUUGUCCAACUGCAUGGAAAGGUCAGUACUCUAGUCACAUUCGUGAGCCAACCAUUGUUUUAGAAGCAGUGGCAUCAUUUGAUCUUUUGAUACGGCAUACAUUUUUUGGGUUACUCGGGUCAAAUAAUGACAUUAAUGUAUUAGAACGGUCUCUUAUAUUUUCUGAGCUCGAACAAAGACGUGCUCUUGCAGUUAAUUACUCAAUCAAUGACCAUGAGUAUACAAUGGGAUACUACCUUGCCGAUGGCAUAUAUCCGAAAUGGUCAACAUUUUUUAAAACAAUUCCAUCUCCACGAGGACAUAAAAGAAAAUUAUUUACAAAAACCCAAGAGGUGAAUAGAAAGGAUGUAGAGCUUGCAUUUGGAGUGCUUCAAGCAAGAUUCGCAAUUGUGCGUGGACCUGCAAGAUUUUUCUAUAGUGAAACGCUCCAAGACAUCAUGAAAGCAUACGUAAUUCUUCAUAACAUGAUCGUUGAGGAUGAGCGAGAUGUAAAUAAAGCGGUGGAAGUAGAUUAUGAGCAAAUUGAUAACAAUCCUACUAUACAACUGUCACGGGAGCACACAAAUGAAUUUACGGAGUUUAUUGAAACCCAUCAAUGUAUUCAAGACCGUGAAAUUCAUGAUCAACUCCAAUUAGACCUCAUUGAGCAUUUAUGGCAAUUACAAGGGGAGUUGUAG